AUGGAAUCGCAAGGUCUUUUUGAACCCGUCACUCUUGAUACAUGGGCAGGCCUCCCGUAUGACUGGAACCAUACCACGGCCGACCACCUGCCGAGGCAACGGGGUUCUGACUCUGGUCACGCUAAGCGUCUGCCAGUGAGGGCAUCAUUGGACGAGGACUACGACUUGUUUGACACCGAAGUCAUGGAUAGGCUUCUCUUUGACGUGACUGAAUCCGACACCUCGAGAAGCCACAGCGCAAGUUCCGUGUCAUUCUGUGGGCUGCUCGAAGCCGAGGGAUCGUCACCACCGGCAAAUGAGAAGCGGACCAAGAACGCGUCAGAUGGAAAUUCGCCCAUAACUGAAGUGGUCAUUGACAUUCCGGGGGAGCGUCGACGUGCCCAAAAUCGUGCUGCACAACGAGCGCACCGGGAACGACAGAAACGUUACGUCGCCCAGCUCGAGAAGCGAUUUUUCACCCUUCAAGCCAACUACAACCACCUGGACGAAAAGUACAAGCGGGUCGAGCGGGAACACCAGUCCUUGAUCCAAAUGCUCUCCGCCCGACAGACUCCCACCACCUCCCCCACGCCACAGGCGAGCGCCGACUCCUUCCUGUCCAUUUGCAACAACGACCCGCUCGUGGUGAACGAGUUUCUGCUGUGCGAGCAAGAAGCCGAGCAUGCUCUAGAUCUAGGAAUGAAUGAGAUGUUGUCCACCAAGUUGGGAGUGCCCUGA